UUCAUUAAUAUUUUUAAUAUAAGUAAUCAUAAGAUUGAUUACGACUUUCUUUAUAACAAGUCGAUUUUUGUAAAUUUAAAUAAAAACUAAAAUUGACAUGACAAUUAAUUUCCCCCAAACUAUUAUUAUAUUUUCGUAUUCAUAAUUAAAUAAGGGUGUGAAUUGAUAAUCGUCGAAUUUUCCGAUGACGAAUCAAUUGACUAAACUAGUAUGAAAGGAGGGGUGUGUAGGAUUUUCAUCAGACAGUUUCCUUUCGAAAAUUUUCCGAAGUUUAAGCGCGUUCCUAUCAUUUCCCACAUUAUUGGUUUGGAUUAUACUUCAAGUAAACGUGUUCGAGCAACUGGAAUCUCUCCAAAUCUCGACGUCGUUUGGUUCAGUUUACGCGGGAUUCGUUAUUGUUUUUAUAUUAAAACUAACAUGGAAGAUUUUUCGUGCAGAUUAUCGUGUUUGAGUAUAAUAGUUGAUGAUGUGGAUGAUAAAAAAAAUUGUUCUCAAGCUCAAACAAAAAAUGAAACUCGCGUCUCCGGUGAACCUGAAACUACCCUACAUAAUGUUGAUAACCCUUACCCCAAGCAAGUAUUAGAUGAUGCGAUUCGAGACAUUUUAAAAGAGGCGGAAUUGAGAAAAUUCGAGUUCAGGAAACUUCUCGAUGAACACGAUGCUCUAGUAGAGAAUCUCAAAAAAAUGGAGAAUGAUCAACCCGAUAGGAGAAAUUUCAUAAAUAACGUUGCCAAAUCACCCAUAUCGGCGUGAUCCCAAAGAAAAAAAAAUACUAAGUGAUAAUUUAUUUUAUUUCAUCAAAAGACCCUUACUUUCAAAUAUUAUUUAUUAUAAAUUAAGGUAAUUUUCUAAUAAAUAUACAAGAAAAAAUUG